AUGGCACUGUCACCUGUGAUCAUAUUCGAGCCCGGAAAGCAUGAUUAUCUUAUACCCGCAUUUGCGUUUAUCCAUGAGGACUGCGUCGAAACAGACUAUACUCUAGCAACAUUCCAUCCACCUUUCCACCACAAGGACCCAUGCACACCGGAUGAGAGGGUCCUCAAGUACUGGCAGAACAAUGCUGCAAAGGCAGCAGAUGAAGAGAAAGUCAUCUUCAUGCAGAUGGUCGGCGGAGAACUGGCAGGUUAUGUCGCUCUAGGAAGCCAAGCAUGCGAAACAGGUCCAUUUAGAGGAAGUGUUGAGAAGUUGCUAGUCAGUCCACGAUACAGACGAAUGGGCAUUGCGAAGCGUCUCAUGGCAAAGCUGGAAGAAGUGGCACUGUCAAGAGGAACGACGUUGCUGUCUCUCGAUACCGAGGCCGGUAGUCCAGCAGAAGGCAUUUACCCUCGACUUGGUUAUACUCGGCUUGGAGCAAUCCCGAGAUAUGGUGUGUCUCCUAAGGACAGACGUUUGGUUGAUGAAGUCUUCUUUUACAAGGAUCUCAGGUCAAUAUAG